AGUCGUCACUGGCAGCGGUUGAAUGGAGGCUCUUUGCCCCGCGCCCUCACGGUAGAUAAAGUCUUUGCUUUCGUCAGAGUGAUAGCUUCUCCGAUUGCCUCAGAGCAAGAGGACUACAUUUCCCAGGGGGCUGCGGGACUGCCGGGCGGAGUGGGGGCGGUGCCUCACGUCUGGUACAGUCAUCACAAGCCUGUUCGGCGGGACUGUGAUGGCCAGAGAGAUGACGAUCUUAGGAUCGGCUGUUUUGACCCUCCUGUUGGCUGGCUAUUUGGCACAACAGUAUUUACCAUUGCCUACUCCUAAAGUGAUUGGUAUUGAUCUUGGCACCACCUAUUGUUCCGUUGGGGUGUUUUUUCCUGGCACAGGAAAAGUAAAGGUGAUUCCAGAUGAAAAUGGGCAUAUCAGCAUACCCAGCAUGGUGUCUUUCACUGACAAUGAUGUAUAUGUGGGAUAUGAAAGCGUAGAGCUGGCAGAUUCAAAUCCUCAAAACACAAUAUAUGAUGCCAAAAGAUUCAUAGGCAAGAUUUUCACCCCAGAAGAGCUGGAGGCUGAAAUUGGCAGAUACCCAUUUAAGGUUUUAAACAAAAAUGGAAUGGUUGAGUUUUCUGUGACAAGUAAUGAGACCAUCACGGUGUCCCCAGAAUAUGUUGGCUCUCGACUAUUGUUGAAGUUAAAGGAAAUGGCAGAGGCCUAUCUUGGAAUGCCAGUUGCCAAUGCUGUCAUUUCUGUACCAGCAGAAUUUGAUCUAAAACAGAGAAAUUCAACAAUUGAAGCUGCUAACCUUGCAGGACUGAAGAUUUUGAGGGUAAUAAAUGAACCCACAGCGGCAGCUAUGGCUUAUGGCCUCCACAAGGCUGACGUCUUCCACGUGUUGGUGAUCGACUUGGGUGGAGGAACUCUAGAUGUGUCUUUACUGAAUAAACAAGGAGGGAUGUUUCUAACCCGAGCAAUGUCUGGAAACAAUAAACUUGGAGGACAGGACUUCAAUCAGAGAUUGCUUCAGUACUUAUAUAAACAGAUCUAUCAAACGUAUGGCUUUGUGCCCUCUAGGAAAGAGGAGAUCCACAGAUUGAGACAAGCUGUGGAAAUGGUCAAAUUAAAUCUGACUCUUCAUCAAGCUGCUCAGUUGUCAGUAUUACUAACGGUGGAGGAACAGGACAGGAAGGAACCUCACACUAGUGACACUGAACUGCCAAAAGACAAACUUUCCUCAGCAGAUGACCAUCAUGUGAACAGUGGGUUUGGACUCGGCCUUUCUGAUAAGAAAAGUGGAGAAAGUCAGGUUUUAUUUGAAACGGAAAUAUCACGCAAACUCUUUGAUACCCUGAAUGAAGACCUGUUUCAGAAAAUACUCGUACCCAUUCAGCAAGUAUUGAAAGAAGGCCACCUGGAAAAGACUGAGAUUGAUGAGGUGGUUUUAGUUGGGGGCUCCACUCGUAUUCCUCGGAUCCGUCAGGUCAUUCAAGAGUUCUUUGGAAAAGAUCCCAACACAUCGGUAGACCCUGACCUAGCAGUGGUAACGGGAGUGGCUAUCCAAGCAGGGAUUGAUGGAGGCUCUUGGCCUCUCCAAGUCAGUGCUUUAGAAAUUCCCAAUAAGCAUUUACAAAAAACCAACUUCAACUGAAUUCUGUAGAAAUAAUGGUUAUUUGUGAUCUUGUCUAGUGAUCUCUUCCCGUUUAUCAGAUUACCUUUUCCACAAAAGAAAGUCUCUUUCUAAAAUAUCACAGAUUUACCUAGAGGGCAACAUUUAGAUACAGGAAAAUUUUACAUGGCGUGUUGUCUUAGGAUUAGACGUGUCCAAAUUGAUCCUGUUUGAUUUUGGAGAGAUCCUAUUCUAACAAAUACUCUAAAAUGAUAAAAUUGAGGUACAGCUCUCUUAUAAGAAUAUGGAUGACUAUAUUUUCUGGAUUCUGGAGAUUGAUAACCAUAUGCACUUAACAUUAUAUUCUAGAAACAUUAAAUAGUGCCAAUUAUGAGAUUUCCAGUUCUUACUAAAUUGUAUUAGCAGGAGCUGGUAAUUACUUGUAUUAUCACAUGUAACUAAUAAUUUGAACUAUACUUGAAGGAUCUUGUCAGGUAUUUACAGUGGUUGGAAGAUAGCAGUAUUAUUAGCAUACGCUGCAUACAUAAUAGCAACUGCCAUAUUAUAUAACAAAUUUACAUUCACAAAUUCAGUAUCCUGUUAAGUGUCAUAUUCUUGUAAUCUAUAUUCUCCAGGAGUUUUAUGCAUUUAAUAGAUGAAUUUAUUUUGUUUCUAAAGGCAUUCAAGUUUUUCAGCACCAUAUAGUAGAAAUACCCAAUUUAUAUUCCAAUUCCUUUAUGUCCUGUACAUCAUUCUCUGCUUGGAUUUCCAUUAUUCUGUUUGGUUAGAGAAUAAAAUUGGUAAUUGCAUUUGAAGAAUGUGUUAAUGUCAGAGCCAUAAUUACUAU